CGAAACACAAAGAAUCCAUGGCCGCCCCCUACCCAAUAAAGUUUAGAUCUCACUUUCAAUCUCCAUAUUUCCAUUCUUUCUCUUUCCGUUCUUUCAAACAAUCGAUUCAAUUUUGCAAAGUCAUCUUCGCUAAACGAAAACUCGAUAUAAUAUAUAUGAAAUUUUGAGUAUCGAGAGAUUUAAAAUUAAAUAUUCCAUUGAAUUGCCUUCUAUACUCUUAAAUUUACAUCUAUUUUCUUAUUUAAUUCAAUUUCAAUGGCGACUCUGCAAAAAUUCAAGCUAUUAGCGACACAAUGUGCGGUAGCGGGGAGUCCGACUCGAAGCCCAACAACUAGCCCAGUUAUUCACCUCCGUCGCCGGAAGACUCUUCGUAUGCUCCUCAGCCUCAACAGCGGCGGUGGUAGCGGCGGCGGAGGUGGAGGUGGAAGUGGUAGUUCGGUGUCGUCCGGAGACGAUGCUUCACCGGAUCGGAUUUCCGGCGAUGGAGAUUCGCCGGAUCAAGUAAAGGAAAUGGUAGGAAGCCACAAGCUUAAGGAUUUGUUCGUUUCAUCUCCUCCAUCGCCGGAUAAUUCGAGAGGGAGAUUUUCGCCGGAAAUUGAUUGUGCCGGCGGCGGUGGUAUUGGAUCGGCGGUUAGAGAAAUCGGAGUCCGGUCGAUGCGGCCGUUGUCGGCGACAUUCCGGCAACGGUUGCUUAAAAGGGUUUGGCGACCUAUGCUUGUGAGUAUACCGGAAUAAUUAAAAUUUGGGAAUAUUGUAUUAGUGCUAAUAGAGGUGAUUUUAGAGAAUAAAUAAAAGUUUUGAAUCAAAUUUUAUUUCUAUUCUUCAUUUAA